CAGACUCAUGUUGAAUUGUGUGCAGGACUGAAUGCUGUCGACUCGGCAGAUUUGAGUGGAAAUAGGAGGAAUCAGACAGCAGGGAUGUGGUGGGUGCUGUGGGUGCUCGCCGCCUUGCUGGCUCUCUUCUGCACUCUGGAUGUGUGGUACUUCCUCCGGGCAGCUGCUGUGAUCCUGCGGGCCUGGUUCCAGCCUCCGAUCUGGGACGUCACGGCAGAGCAGAUCCGAACAGGCCGGGUCACUUCCAACGACAUCGACAUGUGCCACAUGAACAACGCUCGUUACCUGCGGGAGUGUGACUUUGCCCGCUUCUCUCUCUACAUGCGUAACGGCGUGUUCAAGGCGCUGCGAGCGCUCGGAGCCUCAAUGGUCGUGGGGGCCACCACCAUCCGUUACCGCAGGGCUCUGUGUAUAGGUGAGGGGUACGAGCUGCGGAGUCGCAUCGUCACUUGGGAUGACAAAGCCUUUUUCCUGGAGCAGAGAUUUGUGUCAACGAAAGAUGGGUUGGUGUGUGCCGUCAUGUACUGCAAGCAGAGCGUCAUACGCAGCAGCCCAGACAAGAUCAUGCAGCACCUGUGUAAACGGAAGGUGGAGUGCCCUGAGUUUCCAGACGACCUUCAGCACUGGGUCAACUUCAUCUCGGCCAGCAGCCAGGCCCUCAGAGCCGAGAGUGGACUAGACGAGAAGGACAAAUAACAUAUUGCAAGGGAAGCUUUAAGACUGGCCUUUUGUCGGAUGUUUGAUUUACCAGCUCAGGAUUUACAAGACAGUUUUCGUCUGACUGUAACACACUUGUGCCUACACAUCUGAAAGCAGGCUCUAAACCUCAGUACUUAGCCAUGUCAACACUGGAAGAAUUUGCACACCAGAUUUUUUGGAGAUGCUGAAAACUGAUUACUAAUUCAGGAAUAAAGUAAUACGACUGUAUGAAGUCUAUCUUAGUCCUAUUGAUGCAAUAGUUAAAGAGGAACACCACCUAAAAUUGGGAAUUUUGGUGUUAUUUCCACAGUUUAUGAAAUUUCAAUCAGUAUUUGUGAACAUGAGCUACUCUCUCUCAAAGCCAGAAAACAGAGAAGGAAGUCUCAAACUUGUGACGUCACAGGGUAUCAAGUCCAUGCCGCUCCAUAGACAGUCAAUGGGAGCCUGAUUUUGUGGACCUACAGAAUUUUGGUUUUCUUUUUUAUGCGCAGAUGAGCUUUUUUUCUAUUGCGUUGUCAGUUCAGAAACAGAAAAAAUACCCAUAUAACCAGAACAUCCUCCUGGUUGCUCUCAGUAUCAUAUAACAUUUUUCCCGAUUCAUUGUAUUUAGAGCAGCUCCAGACUUCAUACCCUAUAACAUCACAAAUUUUAGUUUCAGCAUUGUAGAGUUUUGGGGGAGGGUUGUUCAUGUUAUUAUUUUUUGGGCUGUCUUAGGUGAUAGGAUUUUUUUUUUUAGGAAUUUUGAAGAAAAAGAUGUUGUUUGCCUUUAAUAAUGACUACUUUAACAGAGACAGAACCUGUAUAAUUGAGACACCAUAUGCAAUAUUUACAUUUAAAAUUGUUUUAACUUUAAAAGAAGAAGAACUGAAUGAUUAAAACUUAUGUCUUCACCAUGUUGAAUGAUAGGAGAAUACUAUUGUAAACAUUUUACCCCCAAAUAUGGGGUGAUUUUGAAUUUGUUUUCUAGUAAAUUUGUAAUAAAAGAAAUAAAUCUA